AGGCGCGAUCAAAAAUUUCUUUCGAUCACGGCGACUCAGCCUAGAUGGCUGCAAAUUGUUAUGGACAAUCAAUUUCUUUUUUUCGUUCCUUUGAUAUUCGCUGUUGUGGUCAAAGGCUAUGAACGAAAUACUUUGAUGCGAACAUACUGCAGAGCAUCUUGCAUCGAAAAGCACGAAAUUCCAAGCAGUAAAAUCUUUCCUGCAAAGAAGAAAUUCAAGCCAGUUCUUUGCUUAAGCGAAGGGUGUGCAAAGUGUACCAGCUUUUGCCACUUGGAUACUCGCGCACCCUGCUCGUCCCAGUGUAACUCUACGAAAAGUGAAAAUGAAAUUUGCUUGGAUCGAUGUGAAUUUUUGAAAGUGGCUGCAAAGAAAGGGAAGCCAGGAAAGUGUCCGGACACGCGAAAAGGAUUCGAGUUGGCUAAGGUGGGACGCUGCACAGGAGACUUCGAUUGCCUAGGCCCAGAAAAAUGCUGCAGAAAUGGAGACGUGCAAACAUGUCAAAGCCCAGAAUUUAUCUUUAACUCUAGUUUCCCUCCCGUACCAAUCGAUGUAAAAGCAAGGAAAAAGUCGUCCUCCUCGCUGCUUCUUUCGUGGGGGUUGCCUCAAAACUCCACGUGGGUUGGGGUCAUUGUUUUUGUUAUUGAAUUUCGGCACGCGUCGAGGGUUUUGCGACCAACAAAUAAUGAUUUCUCAUUCUGGUCAUUUGCUGGUCAGACAUCUUCGUUACAGAAGACAAUCAAAUCGCUAGUGCCUGGGGAAUGGUAUCAACUACGAGUGAUCGCCUACUCUUUGAAUGGAACCAACGGCUAUUCGCAGCCUUCUGCGGGUUUCCGUCUUGACGUGGAAGUGCGGAGGCCCAGUCCCCCAAGAAACUUCAAGGCAUCCAAUGCUUGGUUUCAAAAUAAAAAGAUUUUCGUCAACGUAACUUGGACUCCGCCGCUUUUUCCUGAUCUUCCUGUUCGGCGAUAUAGGAUAAUCUAUAACAAACACGUGGAUGGUUCUAUGUAUCACUAUGACGCAAUUCCAUUAAGGAGGACAAAGAUAUCUGGCAAGGAAACGUCUACCAUUCUGAAGAACCUUGACCCCAGCUCUAUCUACGUUGUCAAGAUCCAAGCAAUGUUGUCAUUGCGAAGAAAGAAAAUUAAGGGGCAGUGGGGCACCAUGUAUCUCAAGACCCCACCUCUACAAAGCAGGGAACCUUUAACCACUAGAGGUACUUUAUCGAACACAGGGUUCUCUGAGAUUGUUAAUAGUUCAGUAAGCAUCAAAUGCACUCAAGUAAUUCACACGCCGAAUGGCUUCUCAAAGAUAAUUUUGCAGUGGAGCGUGCCAGUUGCCGUUGAAGGCAUCCAGUUUGAGUAUGAGCCGGAGAAAUGUAAAAACGAAGAAAAAAAACUGAAAUCGAAAGUCACCGUCAGUGCUAAAGAUGACAGUCUGACAAUCGAAGAUUUAUAUCAAAAUUGCAAUUAUUUUGUCAAGAUGACAGCGUUCUAUUCAAAUAGAUCUACAGCGUUUCAGAGGAGUAUUUAUUUUUCAACUUAUCCAAUAGUGACAACAAUGACAAUUUCGACAACUUCUGAACCAAAGAAAAGAGGUAACUCCGGUUCCAGAUUAGAAGCCACUUUUUAUUUCUAUCAGUAUUUUAUCUCAGUUUUUUUAGUGUCGAUUUUGAAUUUGACGAAUUUAGAUUUAUGAUUUGUUGUAAUUGCUCUUAUGUCCAACUGUCUUUGGCCUUGAUGAUCGCCUGCACCGUUGAAAAAAACGACAUUUUAUUGACAUUGCAUGGCCAUUCAAUAUCAAGACGAAAACAAAAUGCCAACACUGCCUUUAGUAGGAUCAAUACUUGGCAAAUUUAAGUCUGAGCCGAACGCUCAACAAAGGUGGAAAUCAAAGCCAAAGAGGAACAUCAAAGCAAAAUAGAGCUUUAUUUUAUAUUGAUGUUGUAUUUUAUGAUAGAUUUUUGUGUUUUAAUUUUUGCUUUAGGUCAGCUCUUUUUCGUUGUUGUUUUCGUCCCUCACAUAGUGAUUUUAUCGUUUUUCACGCAUAGUUUGUCAUCCUCUAUGCAGACCGUUUUUAAAGCGCAUUUUCUUUAGGAUAUUUAGAUUAUCGAUAACCUGACUGUCAUAAUCACUAGGCAGAUGCGAUUACCUGAUCGUCAGCCUUAUUGCCAACAAUUCUCCUUUGCUGUUAGGUUCAUGUUUAGGGCUUUAUAGCCUAUUGUCAUUUCUAAGUGCUUAGUAUAUUUCUGACGGAGAAGUGGCCAAAAACUAGGCUUGUUUCUUAUCAUCUUCAUUCUGUCAAAUUUUAAGCUUUGACAGGCCUACAGGUAAUGUUGUAAUUUUUUAAAGGGAUUUCUUUUUCUUCAUCUCCGAAACCCCGCUUCGCUGUGAAAAAGAAGGAAACAAGAAAAUAUGUCCUUGACCUUCACAGUUGUUUUCUCUAGUAGAAAGGCUACUUUCAGGCAAUAGAGUCUGUAUCAUUAAGUUAAAGUUCGCUUGCUGCAGGAGAUUUUGAGGAAAAGUAUGAAAAAAUUCUGAUCACGUUUUAUAAGUAAACUUAAGAUAAGGUCCAUCAAAUAUGUCUACUGGGUCAACACACCCCCAUAUUUAAGAUUUUUAUUGGAUGUGAACGAAGUUCAGUGGAUUCCAAUUCACUCUGCAUUAUUUUUCGUUGUGACUGUUGUGCCCCAUGUUUAUUCAAGGUGCUCAUUCGUUCCUUUUUCCGCAUGACUUUCUUUUCUUGAAUGUGCUUUGCGCAAUGACGCCAUAUCAAAAACUCUUAACCGGUGACGUAAUAUUCAGUUGAUAUUAUGUUCUGUUGGUAGAUAAGGAAAUGUAUUAUUUUUAUUAUCGAUAUUAUUAUGACACGCACCAUGCAUUCAUAAGGGUAUUAAGGCAUUGAUCUUAACAUACUGUUGUUGUUGUGUUUUCAUGUUUAUGCCGCAUGUUUUGCUAAAUCAAGAAGCGAGAAUCGUCACGUGUUUAAAGGCGGCCAUUUUAUUUUUCAAGCAAGGUUCCACUUACUCGUUUUAGGCGAUUUUACGUUCGUAAACAGAUGUCAGAUAUUUAUUGUUAUAACGGAUUGUAGGUGGUACUAUUUUUGACUUAAAGUCUUCGUAAAUCGUUGUGUUUUUCCCUGUAAGGGCUCGUCUAUUGACAUUAUUUUCUAAGUAAUCGUUUUGUAAAAUAGAUGGCUUUGCCGAAGGACGCCAAGCUUCACUUUCCUGACACCGCAGCCCUUAUUCAACUUGACAUGUACCCAUUAAAGUUCUUUGACAGAGUAAUUUGCAAGCCCUUUGCAGCCACAAAACAGAGGUUUUUGCAAAACUAAAUAAUUAUGAAGUCCUUCGAUUUAUUGGAUUGACAUUUCUCGUAUUCUUCGAAAAUUUUACGAUUUGUGAUGAAAUCCUAAAAGUAAUGUUAGAAAAGAUCUAUCAUUCUACCGCUUAAGCUGGCUUUAUUAGUUAGGGAAACCUGCAGAUUUUCUUUUUGAGGGUUAUUUAUAACAUGUGGGUCGGCUGUUGUCCUAUGUGUGGAGCUUCCGUCGUUCUGUGCGUGAAGUUACAGUAGCAGCAGUAUUAUGCACAGUUUUAUUUUACAACCUAUUUGUAUUAUUCUUAAAUUUCAGCAAUGCCAAAUCUAUUUAUCUUUUCUUUUUUUAAACGUUUUUUGUUUUAGAGGUGUAGUUUUCGAUUAGAUGGUUCAAUUUGCGAUGUCCUUUGUCAAUCUUGAUUUAGAAAACAAAGUGUUAAUUCCCUUGUUUUGAAAAUGGUUUUUCUAAAGAAAAGAAAGACUUUCAAUGUUCAGUGCAGCUUUGAGCAUUCCUCAAAUUUAAAAAAGCUCUGCGUUUUUUUUAACGCAGAAUAAGCAGUUUCGGUUUAAGAGCAUUUUCCUGUUUUAGGUUAGGUCAAAUCUAUUGUAGACGAAAAUGACGGGUUAUUGGCCGUUUUCUUUGAUUGCUGCGAUAAAAUUGCAUAAUUAUAAAUAAAUUAUAAUUAAUUCAUUCAGACUGAGCAUAGCUGCUGCAAUUCGCAGAUUGCUACUUGUUGCUUCAAUUUUAGGAGCUUCCCUGUUUGUUCAACUUAAUGUGCGAUAGAUUUUUGCACAUUUGAUGGCACAUAUUCGCACAAACUCUAGUUUUCUAUUCGUUGUCAAACAGCAGAUUAUAUUGCCGGGUAUACACUUUAAGGUAGAUGUUAUCUUUAAUGCCAAAAUUAGAUUAAUGGUUGAAUUUCUUUUCGUAGCGAAUGUAUUUAUUCUUUUUUUAAUUGUCAUAGAAACUUCAUCAUUUCUGCUUCAGUAGUCAGCUUUCUAUUUGUACUUGAAUAUUUUCUGUAUCAUCAAGCUAAAGAAUUUAGUUUC